ACGCGAGCGAGCACAGCACCAGGCCGCCGGUCCCUUCUCUCCCUCCCAGUUUCCCACUGCUCGCCGCUGGAUCCUCCGCCCGCCGCGCCUCCUCUUCCGCGCCCCCGCCGCGGCGCCUGCACGGAGAUCCGCCCGCCGGGAGGGCGGAGGCGGGCCGGUCGCUCCUGCUCCCGCAGGUGGUUGCUCGUCGCCGCUGGAGAUCGGCAGGCGGCGGCAGUUGACGCCACCGGGCUCCGUGGUGCCGAAUUCCCCAGGAAUUUUGGGGGUUCAACCGAACUCCCAUGCCCCACGCCACUGGGCUUGGAAUGGGCCACAACGGCUCUAAGGGAACUCCAAUGGCAGGAAUGGAAGAUGGUACGGCAAAAGAUUUGAAGAAGGUUCCUGCCUCCUUGGAGGCAAACAAGUCUUCUGGUGAUGAUGAUCUUGGCGGAGGGCCUGCUUUGACUGGGAGGAAAAGGAAGGAUUGGACGAGGAGUUCUGCUGAUGAGAAUGGGGCUGUGACAAAAAGGGUGUUGAGGUCCGAUGCCAUGAGGCUGCGUGCUGAAGCUGAGACAGCCAGUGGACUGGCUGUGGAGGUUAGCAAAACGGACAGUUUGAACAAGAAACACCGUGAGGCUGUUGUGGAGGCUUGCAAAAGCGGGGUGCUGACAACACAUACUUGCAAUGGUGAGGAAGGCAACAUAUUGGUUAAUGGGAAUGUGGGCAAUAUCUCGGAAGAGUCGGCUAGGCGUCCUGAGAAUAAUAUGGAAAUGUCUGGUGUUGCUGCGACAGAAUUUCCUCAAGGGGAUGGCUUAGGCACUAGAGGUAGCAUUGCACAAUUAGAUGAUAAGAGAGUCAAGUCAGAUGAGAAGAUCUCCGCUGGAACUGGUGAAGAGCAGAAUGAGUCUAGAGCUGGAACAAGCAGUUUGAGUGUUGAUGAGUCCCAAGCUAACAAGGUGAGCCAUGGGCCUUUCCAGGGUGAGGUCAUAGAUUCAGCAGCUGCAAAUGAUGACAACAAGAGCACAGAUUUAGGAAGAAUCAGCCCCACCAGCGGAUCAGAAUGUGUUGAGCAUGAGGAUACAGUGGUUUGUACUGAGGGAGUGGUACUCCGCAGCGGAGAUCAGGAAGUCGAGAAGCAUUCUCACAUUGACGAUGUAUGUACAGAAACUGAGAUAUCUUUGACUGAAAGUGGAAGAUGCACAGUAGACAACCACACUGAUCUAACCGAGUGCUCUAAGCAGGAUGAGAAGGGCAGCCUUGCGAAUGAAACCAAUGAUGUUUCACCACAUGACAUUGUCUUUACAAGGAGAAAGUCGAAAUCUAGAAAAGCAUGUGAGUCAAAGCAGGUGAAAUGCAAAGAGGAGUUGCGAUUUGAGAAACGAGUUACAAGGUCAGCUACAGUUAGACAGAGAGAAGUUUCUGGGAGCUCAUGCAAAGCUACUGCAAAUGAGGCUACAUUAGGAAGCAAAGGGAGGAAAGGAGAUAUUGUUGCUCACUAUACAAGGAAAGUGAGCAGUACAGUAUCCCUGAAACCUCACCAUGCUGCGCUGGUAGAACGUAAUACCAAUGCGAAGAAGCAAACAGUGAAAGGAAAGGUUGAGAAUGAUAAUCAUGCAAAUGCCACAGAGAAUAAGGAUUCAGAAAAUGAAACGAAGGUAAAUUCGAAGUCACAACCACUUGUGAGAAGCAUCAGCAUUGUUAAGAAAACAACUGAAGCUGCUGUUUCUGCGAUGGAUCAGAAUAUCUCUGGCUCAGCCAUCACUGAGAAAAAUGAUACGGAGCAUACGGAUUCUGAUGGAGUUAAAUCUGAAAAUAAGACUCCUGUGCAGAAACCAGUGAUGUCUGUUGGUGCGAAGAUUGUUGCUAGCAAGAAGAGGAUAUUGGAAUCAGGGCUUGACAAAAUUGCUGGAAGGUCACCAAUUGCCAUGCCAUCCAUGAAAAAGACAAGAAAUACAUCUUCUGAUCCAGAUAUAGAGCAACUAAAUAAGUCUUCUGGAGAGAAGCUUGGUGGGAAGAACUGUGAUUCAGGAAAUAAACGUGUUCUGAGGGAACGGCAGCGUCGCAAUCAAACAAAUUUGUCAAGCAGAUCUUCUGACCACACUAAUCAAAAUGCUAUCAAGCUGACACAGGAGCAAUCUGAUGAUGACGAGGUCGGCUGUGAUACUUCCUACAGGAGAACUCGUAGAGGACGUAGCCGUGAUGCUCCUCCUCCUGUCGUGCCAGAACAAGAGGACUCUAGUGACUCAGAAGAAGACUUUGUCGUGAAAAAGAAUUGGCAAAAAAGGAAAAAAUCUGAUCGCACAGCUGGAUCUAAGUUGAAGAAUACUUCUGCUCCUUCCAAAGCAGGCCGUUUGGGUAGAUCUAUUCUGAACAGUUCUGAAUCUAGCCCCUUGUCUCUGCCAGCAGGAAAGGGGAAAGUGAAGGUGGCUGAAGGUAAGGGAAAGUCAGACAGGGCUCCGAUUAUGAAAACUGUAAGCCCAAGUGGGCAGACAAAUACAGGAACUCUUCGUGAAGAAAAGCAAAAAAUAAGUGAUCAGAUAAAGGCCAUACUUGUAGAUGCUGGUUGGACGAUUGAUUUGAGACCCAGAAAUGGUAGAAAUUACAUGGAUUCUGUGUAUAUACCUCCUAAUGGCAAAGGAUCUUACUGGUCAGUCACAAAAGCAUAUUAUGCGUUUCGUGAAACCAUGGAAUCUGAGCAAAAGGACAGCUCUAAAGUCCAGAGUUUAUCAAAAAAAUCUGUUGGUAGCCCUGGCAAAAGGCAGGCCUCUAGUUCUUCAGGUUGUACUUUAACAGAGGACAUCCUUAGCAAAUUAAAAAGGGUUGUUGUAAACAGACGAACAACCAAAGUAGAGAUUCAAAGGCUGAGAAAGAAAGCGUUUAAAAAGGGUACAUCAAAGGAAAAGAAGAAUAAGAUUACAAAUUCGAGAGGAAAUGAAAGAAAAAAGCGUGGUGGCUGUGCUCUACUUGCUCGUGGAUCAAAUAAGGAGUCUGACAGCAGCGCUGAUGGUUUUGUUCCGUAUGAAUGGAAACGUACGAUUUUCUCCUGGCUGAUUGACCUGGAUGUUAUAUCAGUCAACACUAAGCUGAAAUGUAUGGAUGAAAGCCACUUGGAAGUUUUACUGGAGGGUAUAGUCACUAGGGAUGGGAUUAACUGCAGCUGCUGUGGUAAGGUCCUUUCAGUGCUUGAAUUUGUGGCUCAUGCUGGUGGUGAAGUGAAGAAGCCAUACAGAAACAUAGUUGUAGAUGGGCUGGACAUCGACCUUUUGCACUGUCUUACUAAUGCAUGGAAUAAGCAAUCUGAUUCUGAAAGGCAGGAUUUCUUUCCUAUUAGCAUCGAGGGUGAUGACCCCAAUGAUGACACAUGUGGUAUUUGCGGUGAUGGAGGCAAUUUGAUCUGCUGUGAUGGAUGCCCCUCGACGUUCCACAUGAGUUGUCUAGGACUGGAGGCACUUCCCGCAGAUGAUUGGUGUUGUGCAAACUGCUCAUGUAAAUUUUGUCAUGAACAUUCUAGUGAUGAUGCUGAAGACAUUACUGAUGCUGAUUCUUCAUUGCGUAGUUGUUCCCAGUGCGAAGAACAGUAUCACCAAGCCUGCUCUCCUGAGAUUGAUUCCAUAACCAGCGAUUCAGAUCAAUCAUGCAAUUUAUUCUGCCAACAAAGUUGCAGACUGCUGUUUGAGGAAUUGCAGAAUCUUCUAGGAGUCAAAAAGGAUCUUGAACAAGAAUUUUCAUGCCGAGUUGUUCAGCGCAUCCAUGAAGAUGUACCAGAAACAGUCAUUGCUUUGGAUGAAAGGGUUGAGUGUAACUCCAAGAUUGCUGUUGCGCUUUCGUUAAUGGAUGAGUGCUUUCUUCCGAUUGUUGACCAGAGAACUGGCAUCAACUUGAUACGCAAUGUUGUGUAUAGCUGUGGAUCAAAUUUUGUGCGACUGGAUUUCCAUGGAUUCUAUAUCUUUAUUUUGGAACGUGGAGAUGAAAUGAUAGCCGCAGCAUCUGUCAGAAUACAUGGAACCAAGUUAGCUGAGAUGCCGUUCAUUGGUACCCGGAAUAUGUACAGGCGUCAAGGAAUGUGCCGCCGGCUUCUAGAUGGAAUUGAAAUGAUCCUCAGAUCCCUCAAUGUUGAGAAGUUGAUCAUUCCUGCGAUAUCAGAACUUGUGGACACCUGGACAUCUAAAUUUGGUUUUAGUCCACUUGACGAUUCUGAGAAACAAGAAGUGAAGUCUAUUAGCAUGCUAGUUUUUCCUGGUACAGGUCUUCUCCAAAAGCCAUUGCUGAAGAAGGCUUUACCUGAUGAAGACCCAUGCCCCCUAGGAGCUGGUGCCAUUUUGUCUGGAAACAAGAGCGGGAAGCCAUCUGAUGUGGCCAUUGAAGCUUCUCUUUGCUCCAUUGCAAGUCCUGAUCCCCUAGGUUCUGGGGUCACAGAGCAUAUGGACACAAAUGGUGAUGGUACUUGCAAUGGUGAUGUUUCACAACAAUCUUCCCAUCCUUGAUGGGUAAGCUCUGGUUGCAACUUCUUGGACCAAUCAAACGGUGUGCUUGCUUCCCAAGAGAGGGUCCCAAGCUUACAUGGACGAAGCCAUGAACGUCCAUAUUUUUUGUACCUUUUGAGUUUUGGCUCAGCAGUUAGCAUGACACCCAUCCGUUGGCAGAAAGAGGUUUGCGAUUUUUUUGAAGAUCCCUUGCAGUGGUAGCCCAGUUGUUUUGCCCAGAGAUUGAUGAUUCGAUUGACUCGUCGGCCUGGACUUCAGAGUCAGCCUGUGCAGUACUGAAAAGCGUUAACUCCAACCAUCUAACUUCAUGUGCAGCUGAAAACUCAGCAUGUAGAAUGUGGAUGAUAGUUCUGUUCCUUUUUCCUUUCUGGUCGUUAACUCCGAGGGCCAAUGGAGCCACCAAAUAGUCGUAAAUGUUAAAUCGGUUUUUAUUUAGUUGAUAGUUUUAAGCUUUUUGCUGGCGCAUUCCUGCAAUCAUCUCUCAUUUCUGUAACAUAAUUCUCAUGUCUGUAAGAUAAACUAAUGUAUGCGCAAGCUAGAAAUUUUCCGCCUGAUCCAUCAUGCCAAAUUGGUUG